AUGACAUCUAGGUUACGCUGUUUUUUUGAUAUCAAAAUUGAUGGCAAUGAUGUUGGUCGUAUUGUAUUUGAACUUUUUAAUGAUACAUGUCCGCGUACAUGCGAAAAUUUUCGAUGUUUAUGUACAGGAGAAAAAGGUCGUGGUUUAACAUUAUAUAAAAAAUUAUAUUAUAAAGGAUGUCAUUUUCAUCGAGUAGUGAAAAAUUUUAUGAUUCAAUCAGGAGAUUUUACUGAAGGCAACGGCACGGGCGGUGAAUCAAUAUAUGGUGGUACAUUUAACGAUGAAAAUUUUCAAAUCCAACAUGAUCGACCAUAUCUUCUUUCGAUGGCUAAUCGAGGUCCGAAUACAAAUGGAUCACAAUUUUUCAUUACAACAUCUGAAGCAUCACAUCUCGAUGGUAAACAUGUAGUUUUUGGUCAUGUUGUAUCCGGUCAACAGGUAGUUGAUACAAUUGAAAAUGUAUCAGUUGAUCCGAAUAAUAGUCGACCAUUGAAAGAUAUUGUUAUAUCUCAUUGUGGUCAACUUGUACUUAUAUCGAAAAGUCAUAAAAAAAAGAAACAUAAAAUAUCAACAGGAGAUGAAAGUGAAAAUGAACAAGGUAGUGAAAGUAGUCCAUCAUCUAAUGAUGAUGAGAAAAAAGAAAAAAAAGUUAAACGUAAAAAAAAAGAAAAACAUCAAAGAAAAAAAGAAGCAAAACGUUUAGCAAAACUUAAUGUUGAAGAAGAAAAUAAACCUGAUGAAACAACUAAUAAUAUUCUUAAAGAAUCAAGUGAAAUAUCUGGUCGUGAUAUAAUGGGUCUUAAAACAACAAUUCUUCUCGAGGAAAUACCUGAAAUACCUGCUCAUAAAUUUCUUAUGAGACCUACUUUAAAUGAUAAUAAUAAUAAUAAUAAUAAUGAAAUAUCAAAUACACGUCCAACUAAUUAUCGUUCAUCAAAAAAAAUCGAUUCAAGUGGUCGUCCAGUUAAAGGUCGUGGUUUUAUGAGAUAUACUGGAAAAAGUCAUUCACGAUCACGUACACCACCACAUUGGCGUUUAGCAGUUGAAGAUCGUAAACGUUUUUCUGAUAUAAAUGAAUAUCGUAAACAAAAUACAAAUGAAAAUAAUUAUAAACAUAAACGUAUUGAUGAUGAAAAAAAUGAUUAUAAUAGAGAAGAUCGACAUUUACGUCGACAAGAAAAACGAAAAGAUGAUAAUGAUGAUGAUCAUCAUCAUUCAAUUGAAUCAAUAUCAAAACAUAAAUAUCAACGAAAUUCUACAAGUCCAAAUAUUCAUCAAUCAAUUAAUACUAAACAUAAAGAAAAUGAUACAUCAACUAUUACUUUAAAUAGUCCAUCACCAACAAAUCAUCAUUCUCCUCGAGCUACUUAUUCACCAUUACCAAUAAUUGAACAACAUCAAAAGAAAGAUUCAGGAUCACAUCGUCGUCAUCAAUCUCCUUCAAUGACAGAUGAUCGACAUCAAACUAAAAAUUCUCGAGUACAUCAACGACAAUCAUCACGUCAUUAUCAUCAUCAUCAUCGUUCAAAAACUCCUCCAGUUUCAUCUUCUCGAAUUCGUUCGUCGCCGCCGCCAAUGAUUGAGCAACAUGAAAAUAAUGAAUCUCAAUCACGUCAUCGGCGUUCAAGAACUCCACCACCUUCAUCUUCACGAGUUCGUUCACCAUCACCCAAGGUUGAUCAACGGCAAGCCAAGGAUUCUCGAACACGUCCUCGUCGUUCAAAAACUCCAUCACCGAAAAUUGAUCAACGUCAAUCUAAGGAUUCUCGAACACGUCCACGUCGUUCAAAAACUCCAUCACCAAAAAUUGAUCAACGUCAACCUAAGGAAUCUCGAUCACGUCCUCAUCGUUCGACAACACCACCAUCGCCAAAAGUCGAACAACGUCAAGCUAAGGAUUCUCGUGCACGUGCUCGCCGUUCAAAGACUCCUCCACCAUCAUCGUCACGAGUUCGUUCACCAUCACCCAAGGUUGAUCAACGGCAAGCUAAGGAUUCUCGAACACGUCCUCAUCGGUCAAUAACUCCACCAUCGGCAUCAUCUCGAGUUCGUUCACCAUCACCAAAAGUUGAUCAACAUCAAACAAAAGAUUCUCGAACACGUCAUCGUCGUUCAAAUACUCCACCAAUUUCUUCUUCUCAUAUUCGUUCAUCAUCACCAGUACGUCCAAAUCCAACACCAAUUUCAUCAUCAACAAAACGACGUAAACGUUGGGAAAAUGAAGAAGAAUUUAAUGAACGACAAUCAAUAGCACAAGCAGCACAACAUGCAAGUCUUGAAGAAGAAUUACGUAUGAUUGCACAAACAAGUGCAGCACAACUUGAACCACCAAAUCAUUUUGUUAACAUUCCACAAGAAUCACAGAUAUCAACAACAAUACCAACAACAACAACAGUUGUUAGUAAAUCAAAAUGGGAUGAUGAAGAUGAAAUAACAUCAAAAGAAAAAAUUAAUCUUCCAGGUAUUUCUGAAAAAUCUAUUGAUAAACAACAAGAUAAAAUAUCAUUAAAUAAUAAUCGACGAGAAAAAGAAUCAAGUCGUGAACGUGAUCGUGAUCGUGAUCGACAUCGACGUGAACAAUAUUCAUCACAAACUAGUGGUAGUCGAUAUCAUGAUCGAGACGAUUAUAAUCGUCAACAUAGUGGAAAUCGUCGAAAAUAUUCACCUCCAUCAUCUUAUCGUGGUCGUCAAGAUGAUAGACGUCGAGGUCAAGAUCGUGAUUAUGAUCGACGAAAAGAUGAUCGUGAACGAAAUCAACGUCGUCGUAGUAUUGGUCGUUCAUCUCAUUCGCAUACACCAAUUCGACAUAAAACAAAACGAGAAUCAUCUACUUCGAGUACAUCAUCAUCGUCAUCGUCGUCAUCAUCUUCAUCAUCAAAUAGUUCAUCAAAAUCACAUAAUAAACAACGUCGAACUUCACCUGUUCAAUCAAGUGAACAGAAGAAAAAUAAAGAUACUACACCUUCAUCUUAUGUAUAA